ACUGAGCCAUGCGCAUCGCCUGCAGAGUCAGUGCUGUGCAUGUGGGGCCCCUUAAAGAGAAGCGCCGACCGGACGGCACGGAUUUUCUCCAUUGAAGAAUCAGCGCAAUGAGGAACAGCGCCAACCCGGCACAAUGCGCUCCAGGCUCCCAAGGACCGCCUGCCUAUUGCGAAUCGUUGCACUUUGCAUCCUCCUCACGCACGCUGCAGCGUAUUUUGGGCUGACAGGUCGGGAGCCCCUGGUGUUUUUACCGGGUCCGCUGUCCAAUGAGGCUCCAACAGGGAAGGCCCACCUGAAGCAGUGCGAGCAGAUGAGCUUGACCCGGCGGCAGAAGAGGAUGUGCCGCAGGGAGCCCGGGUUGGCCGAGACGCUCCGGGAGUCGGUGCGCCUCAGCCUGCUGGAGUGUCGCUAUCAGUUCAGGAACGAGCGCUGGAACUGCAGCCUGGAUGGCCGAGGGAGCCUCCUGAAAAGAGCAUUCAAAGAGACCGCCUUCCUGCUGGCCGUGUCCUCUGCAGCUCUGACCCACGCUCUGGCCAAGGCCUGCAGCUCGGGCCGCAUGGAGAGGUGCACGUGCGACGACUCCCCCGGCAUCCAGCAUCGAGAAGCGUGGCAGUGGGGGGUCUGCGGGGACAACCUGAAAUAUAGCACCAAGUUUCUCAAGAAGUUCCUCGGUCAGAAGAGGGUCAGCAAGGACCUGAGGGCUCAAAUCGAUGCCCACAACAUCAACGUUGGGAUUCGGGCAGUGAAGAGCGGACUGAAAACGACCUGCAAGUGUCACGGCGUCUCCGGGUCUUGUGCGGUACGAACCUGCUGGAAGCAGCUGUCGCCUUUCCACGACACGGGCCGGCUGCUGAAGUACCGCUACGACAACUCCAUGAGAGUGCUGAGCGUCACCAACGCAGCCACAGGAGAGACGGAGCUGGCAGGCCACCGCCGCCACAGCCAGAGCCUCCGCAACACUGACCUGGUCUACCUGGAGGACUCCCCCAGCUUCUGCAGGCCAUCGCGCUACUCUCCGGGCACGGGCGGCCGGUCGUGCACCAAAGACACCAGCUGUCAAAGUCUGUGCUGCGGACGCGGCCACAACACGGCCAUGCGCCUCACCAGCCUCUCCUGCCACUGCCAGGUGCGCUGGUGCUGCCACGUGGAGUGUCAGACGUGCGUCCGGGAGGAGGAGGUGUACACCUGCAAAAGUGCGUGAACCAGACAGAAAGCGUUAGACUCGAAAACGGACAGGGUGUGAUGCUUCAAGACGUUCGCUGCAAGAUCUCACAUCAGAGCGAGCGUCCGCAGAUCUCAUUUACGAUUUGCAUGUUAGUUUGGGAGGAAAAUACCGAUGUAACCCUAAGAUUUUACUGGCUAAUCGUUGCAGAGUCGACGUGCAGCAGCCGACUGUAGGUGUUUUUGACGGCCUUUCUUUUGCCGGAUGCACUGAAAUCCCACUUUUUUCUGGGAAGGAGGGACUGGAUUCAACCAGCACAUCAAAACCAAACCAACCCCAAUCCAUCCUCCCACAUUUGACUAUUUAUUGUGCCAUUUUCUACUGCUGCUUUACAUUUUAAAUGUUCUGAUCAAGUGUUGCCUGCAGGGCUGUGGAUGAGUUAGGAGGAGCCUACCUGUCUGUCUCUCUGACUGCUGUGGAGAACGUUCAAAGUUCUUUGCUGGUGAAAGCACUUACGUUGCUCCUGCUACAUAUAAAAGGUGUGUUGUUAGUGUUUAAAUGUGUUUAGCUGGAAUCACUGGAAGCACCACUGGCGUACGUACAUCGCUGCAUGCAUCAGCAGGGUGAUCGUGUGAAGAAUGAAGCUGGGCUUUUCGGUUGCUCUUAUGGAAAUGUCUAUGGAAAUCUCCACAUGUGCAGAGGGAGAGGGAAGCCCUGGACGCCCUCUUUCAGAUUCUGCUCGGUUUAUAAACAUACCAUACUCUGUUUUUUUUUUCUAAUUUAUAAAAGCUGACACUCUCCUAUUCUUUCAAGUGUAAAAUUGCCUUUCUGAACUAUUUCAGGGUCUAAAUUAGCCACAUCUUUGCUCCACCAGCCCUUUCAAGUGAUUCAGUCAUGCUGCCUAUUUUCCCUAAUUGCUAAUCAAAGAAAAUGACCACAUUUACUCCAGUUCAAUCCAACUCUUUGUCCAUGUGUGCAGGUUAAAAGUGCACACUGGACCCGUGUUUGUGUUUUAUCUAAGCGAUUCUGAGCUGUGUGAAUAUAACUCACGACGGAGCUCCAGGCGUCUGACAAUGUGGGAUCAUAAUUUUCUACCUCACUUCAACUUUUGGCAAAUCUCAGUCAGAUUUAUGAGCUAUGCAGAGUUAUCUUCUCUGUAGAUACAUGUCUCUGCUUCUGCGUUUGUUUGAAAUGUCAUAUUUUAGAUGUCUGUACAGGUCUGAUGAACGCGGUAAAGUAUAUAAACCAGUUAAUGUUUUUGUCUUGUUGCUUCACACUUUUAUUUAAAACAAAUAAGGUAAAUAAACAGACGUACAUUUGUAAGA